UGAAAAGCGCCAUGUCAGUCAACGAGAAACCCGUUCGAGAGACAAAGGGUUUCAUGCGAAAAUUAUGCGUGAUCCCGGGAAGAUUAGUUGGCAAAGUCGCCAUCGUCACUGGUGCGAAUACGGGGAUUGGAAAAAUGACCGCAGCCGAAUUGGCGCGUCGAGGGUGCCAGGUUAUUAUGGCUUGUCGAAACAAAGAGCGGGCAGAAAGCGCCAAAAAGUGGAUUUUGGAUACGUAUGGUGUUGGCAACCCAGAUCACUUGAAAACCAACUUGGCUGAUCCAUGCUUGACAUCUUCUUUGACAGCGGUCACGCCGGAUCAACUACAGAUAGAAUUACUGGAUCUAGCGUCACUGAAAUCUGUACGUGAGUUUGCGACCCGCAUCGGACAGCGUCGUGAACACCUAAAUUACUUGAUCAAUAAUGCUGGACUGGCUAUGGAAGAUCACUGCACGACCGAAGAUGGCUAUGAGCAUACAAUUGCUGUGAAUCACCUGGGACCAUUCCUACUAACCGAGCUGUUGAUGCCCUUAUUGCGCAAAGGUGUUCCCUCAAGGAUCAUCAUGGUGUCGUCAAUUGUUCAUCGGUAUGGUGAGCUUCGCAAGCCCGAUUUACAAACCGCACCUGAAGAAUAUGGGCUUCUAUCAGCGUAUGCUCAGUCGAAGCUUGCCAACUUGAUACAUGCAAGGGAAUUGGCGAAGCGGCUCUCUGGAAGUGGAGUCAUACCUGUUAGCUUGCAUCCCGGUGCCGUAAGAACAGAACUUUUUCGUGAUGCUCGAACAAUGAAGAGUAGAAUGAUUCAUUACCUGAUCUUGCCGUUUACAACUACCCCCUGGAUGGGUUGUCAGACCACACUGUACACUGUUCUAACGCCAAAUCUAACUCCUGGCGCCUAUUACGACAACUGCACAGAAACCAGUCCAGCAAGUAACGCUUUGAAUGAUGCCGACGGGGAGUGGCUUUGGAACAAGUCGUGUGAAUUGGUUGGCCUAACACAAGGGACGGCCACUGAUAGCAAAUGUGAAAACGGCUAAACAAAUUUCUUGUGUAGAACAUAACAAACAACAUUUCAUCGCGACUCAUCAUGCGUUGUUACUGUUUAUCUUCUACACAAACUAUUUUCAACAGUCUCUUGCGUUCUUAUUUUGUGUUAAAAUGCUAGACAUUCGGUCUCCAGAUUGCAACGUAUGUCAGUUUUGACGUUUAUUCAGUUGGGGUUGAUAACGUCUGUGUCUGCAAUGUUAUAUUUUUGAAUAGCACAUUUCACUCCUUUCGCCU